AUGCAAAUGGAGCCAUGGCGACAACGGGGGUUUGUCCCAGAUUCGGAUGAAGAGGACGACUUGGACUCUUUAAACACCACAAAAGGCCUUCACUAUGAUGCUGAUGACGACGUUGAUCUCGAAUACAUCCCUCUCCCUCCCUCCGCAGAGAAAAUCGGGGCAACAGACGACGUCAAGGAGCAACAUGCAGCCACCGAGAAUGGGAGAAAAUUGACCCGGAGUUCCAGUUAUAAAGAGGUUCAGAGCCAUGGUGAUAACUCGCAGGAAGUUGUGAACCUUGUAUCUAGCCCUGUUGUUGCAAAUGGGCGCUUCAAGAAGCAGCGUCAACCGCAUGAAGAGUCUCCCAAAGGCGCCAGCAGCCAUGCAACACUUAUAUCCCCCGCAAGACAAGCCAUGAAGCCACGACGAGCAACAAAAACAUACGGGAAACGAUCAUCAUCCACGAAAACCACACCUCAAGAUUCCAAUACAGUUUCCCUGGCCCCGAAUCCCCCAGACGAUAGUAUAUGGGAUCUCCCGAGCUCACCAGUGACCCAACUUAGGCGUGGCCGGAAAGCGCGAAGCCACGAGUCCACACCACAUACUCCUGCAACGCCGCUUAUAUUGGGAUCAGAGGACCUAGAAAGACAUGAGUCAGCGGCGUUGCAAUUAACAGGCGAGGCAGGAAGGUCCCGAAGCUCGUCACCCGACGAGCUUGUGGUGAUAUCAAGACAUGUUUCGACACCAAAAAAUGGCGAUCACAACCUUCCGAUUGAUGAUGCGCUUCAUCAAGAAAGCCUUGAUGAUUCGCCUUUGUCAUCUCCUCCCUCGUCGCUCCACUCGCCUCACCAAACCUCGGAUGAUGAGGGGGAUGCCACCCCAACCGUGCCCGCAGCGGGUUUGAUGACUCAAACUAUGCUCGAUCUUCAAAUACCUCAAAAUCUCUUGGAACAAAUGGUUCAACCAAUGCGGAGGACAUUUCGACAGCGGAAUGCAAUCCAGCUACACCCAUAUGCACUCGAAAUGGCAAAAUACCAGAAGCAGAUGAAAGAUGGAGGCGUACGACCUGUUCGUAUGCUCCUGGAAGCUCAACGUCAGAAACAGAAUGAGAAUACAGACGAAAGUCAAGAAAAAGAUACUUUCAAUCCUGAUGCAGCUCGGUCCAGUCCUCCACAGGAAGAAUACCUUCCUCCAGUUAGGCCAGAGCGGCGCCAAGAACGAGAGUCAGCCAAGGAGGAUCGCCAAACGCUUGAAAAUCAUGACAUGCUCAUGCGUCGAAAUCUAUCUUACAAACGAAGAAAGAAGUCAUAUUCUGGUUCAUGGCAACCCACAGCCCAGUCUUCGGAGAAUCGAGAGCGACCACAGGUUGUCAUUCGCACAGACAAGCCUUCUACUGAACACCAAGCCCUUUCAGUAUUUGAUAUUCCGUCAAGUCCGCCUCACUCUGGUAGUUUACCAUCCUUCUCCAGGACACCGCGAGUCUCAGAAGGGUUUCGCUUCCCCAUUGGAUUCACGCCACCGCCAACCACAACUACAGGUGUGCAGUCAAAACCCGCAACACCGGGUGUUAUUGAUGAGCCUGAUGAUGAUGAUGAUGAUGAUGAUGAAACCCUCAGAUCAGCGGGUGGCUCCAAUGAAGACUUACAUUCAGACGCAUCUCAAGAUUCUUUAGUGAAUAUCAAUGAAACUCCCGAAGAGCGUGAGAUUAGGGCCAUUCAGCGGCGAACCCGCGGUGUUUUACCAGCGUCAUGGGUUCGGCUGAAUGCGCAAAAAUCAGAAAAACAAAACUCUAUCCGACAUAAUCGCCACGGAGUUCCUGUAAGAACAGAUGGCAAAGGAGUUGCCAAAAAAAUCGUUAGAAGGGCUAGGCAUUCGGGAAAUAUAACCCCUCAAGCAAAUCGCGCCUUGUUCGAUCUAGGAGAUUCCGAUGAGAGCGAUGACGAGAACCCAGGGCCCGGUAAUGCGAACCCUGAAAAUGUUGGUGAAGAUGAGAAGCUCUUGGAAAGAGUGGAGUUUGAAGACUCUUUUGACCCGGAUGGCGAUAUUCUCGAGGACAAUCGAAUUGAUUACAUGCUUGCUCCAAUUUCUCGCAAUGCAGGAUCUGGAGGAAAGCGGAAAGGCUUGAAACGUGGUAAAUUGAAAGAAAACAAGGGUCAAACUGAAAGACGAAUAAAGAAGGCUCGGCUACACAGGCAGACCAGACUGACUGAUGCCUCAUAUGGUGGCCAGCGAACAAAGCAGUCCUCCAGGAGAUCGACGCCACGACUAGGAAUUCUAGAUGCGCCUGAUGUUACCGACAUGCCCCUCCAAGAACAGCCUCAAUUUCUCCGAAUCGCUGCAAGAGGAGCUCGGUCCCGUCAAGACCAGGGAAGACGAAGUCCAACCCGAAAGUUCCUAAAGCUCAGCUCGAAACUUGACACAGCAGAUGCUAAUGAGUCUCUGCGAAAUUGGACAAGUGGAGCUAUACCGAAAGCUAAAACCAGUCGUCCUCAACCGAAACCCUGGCAGCGCCGAUCAUUAGCGAAUGUUUACAUGGCUAAUCGUCGAGCUAUACCGGCUGCUCGCACUUCUUCAAUUUCAACUCAUUUCCCCUCUGUUAAAGCUAGCUUCAUUCCCGAUGAUGACGUGCAAAUUGAGGUCUCAGCUACUCCGGCCGAAGGAAGUGAAGCGUCUCCCUCGUCCCCAGUACCGCCAGCUACUACUGGAGGCCCAAGACAAUCCAUACAGUCAGAGCGUCAAGGGCAACAGUGGAUAGUACGCAGAAACAUGGGUGUAACGUCCCUACAACGAAGCGAGGCUCGUCCUGCCGCAAGCAGCCUUGUAGGUUUUACCGAAAAUCAGCCGAGAUCUCAAGACUUGUUUCGCAAAUCGUUGACUUUGCUAAAUCGGGAUUAUCGGAACAAAUAUUCAUCGCAAUCAUUUAAGCCUAGCUUGACCUUGAAUCGAUACCUUUCCAGUGCAGGAUCCGUGCCUUCAUCCCGAGGUGCUUCGAACCACUCCGCUGCAGCAUCCGCACAAGCUGUGAACAGGAUCUCGACCUCCCAACCAAAUCAACCGCAACAAAACCGCCGCCGACUGAAGAAAAACACUCCUCGCCACAUAAAUCUCGAACCGGAUGGAUUCAUACAGGACCAGGAGCCUCGCAGUAGAGCCAGGGAUGGCUAUGGCUCCCUAGCUGUAACUCAAGUCCGAUCAACACAGGCUUCAUCCUUCAGUGUCGGGGGAUUGUUCAAUUGGCAACGCUCCUAUUCUAUUGAUUUGGGGACAUCCUCGCUCCCAGAUGGAACCUUUUUCCAUGAAUCUACUUUUAUAGGCAGCGGCGAAUUCUAUCAAGCAUUGCAUGUUCUAAAGCGAGAUCUGGAUAAGCAUGCCGGGUUCGCAUUAGUACCUGUGAAGGACCGACAAUACCAGUGGGCUGCUUGGAAUGAGAUGACUUCUUCGGAAUUUGGCCUAGCUUUUCAAUCGAUGGUCGAAGAUACCGAGAGGAGUGUUGCAUCGCUCCCAAGAACGAAUUCAGCCUCCAAAACUCUGACUUCGACUUCCCUCACAUAUCGGUCUAUGAUUGUUUAUGUCACAAGUCAUCUAUCUUUCACAGAUCCUGUUGAUCGAACAAGCUUUGUCACUAGAGCAAUAGGGCAGCUCGGUUUGCUCAGAGAUUCUAUGGCUUCUUUCGUCACGGGUAGUGAGCAUAACAAGAGAGGUCUUGCCAGAGUUGCUGGUUUAAGCCUGGUAUUUUCAAACCAGAUUCGUCAAAUAUCAUCUCAUAGUUUUGUCAGCCCUACUCUUGCCGAUGAAGCUUUCAAUCUCGUUAAAGCUUUCGCUGCAGAUGUCAUUGCAUUGGUUCUGUCAGAAGAAGGAAUUGCUGAUCUACAGCGCUUGUUCGAGCAGCUCGACAAAGCUGAACUGCGCGAGGCUGGAAUCCGUGAAGAUUUCCCGUAUGUUGAAGCCUAUGUUGUCGUUGAGCAGUUAUUGCGCAGCUCUGAAGUAUACAACGGGGUCUUCAAUGAUCUUCAAGCAGAGGCUUGUACCAAGCGCCUGCUCCGCAAUGCGAAAGAUGUCGCCGGCAUAGAGAAGAUGUGGCGUGGACUAUUUGCGCUCCUCCCGUUCUCCGACAUUGAUAACCAUGGUAUCUCGCGCCGCAUGACUCGGUUUAAAAACGUGCAUGAUAACUGGGCUCCUGUUCAAAAACUUCUGUCCCCAGCGUUGGACAAUUAUGGUACCAACUCUGCAUCACAGCCGAUACAAUACAAUUCCUACUGCCGAGCUCUUUUCCAAAGGUGCCACUACUUGAUCAAUGUUUGGGGUUGGAGAGAAUCCAAACCCAUCCUCGACACUCUGUAUGACUUCUUCGCACACAAUACCUUGCACAAUUUGAAGCUUGAAGAAAGUCGGGGCUCACCUUUGUUUCUCGAUGAGCUUGAUCUAAACCCCUCCUUGGACACUCGACCUGGGGAACCGUGCUUUCACACGCUGCUCAAAAUUCUAGGAAGUGGUCUCCGCUUUCUGUCGAAGCGCUAUAACAACAAGAAGCUUCUCAAUUUUAUCUGGCGUCUACUUCCAAACCAUGGUCGUGUCUAUCCAAAGGAGAUGAAUUUGCGCCAUGAAGACCUGGACGCGUUGAGGAAUCAUCAUGAUCUCCUGUGCACCUUAUACUGGGCUGUUCCUGACCCGGCCCGUCCUCCGUUGAAAGCCAUCAGAGACUUGGUUCAUCCAGCAAAGUCACACCGCGAGACGUGUAGCAUCAACCUUCGAUCGUGGGCAAGACUCGUUAGGUUCAAGUUGUCAACUGACGAGGACAUAUCUGGGUUGGAACCAUUCGCAGAUUGGCACAGCUAUUUUGUGAGUGAGCUACGGCAACAGCAUACAAAUGCUCGUAAAGAUAUUGAAGCACAAAGCCAGACGGGCGAACGGUUCUCGCAACAGCACGUUGAGAACGCCAUUUCUCAAAAUCAGCGAUCAAUUGAGAGCCUGCUUAGUACGGCACUCGCCGGAAUGCAGACUGCCAUUGAGAAAGCACAAACACUUCAACAUGCGCAUCGCUUAAUUUCCAAGACUCCCUUUGAGUCCCUACUCGGCCUGUUCAACCCAAAGCUCGCACGAGUGAAUAGUGUUGUCUCAGAAGCUUUAAAUGUAAUGAUAGCUUAUGUUCAGAAAGAUGACGCAGCUUCUCCAGGAGUGAUGACCACAGCCCCAGCAGCAGCAGAAUCUACGGAGGAAGAUAGCCAGGAGUUUGGGGACAUUGAUUGGACUGAAGAGCUUGACGAUGCAUUGCUGCAGGAAUCGCCUAGAAGUGAAGCAAUUGAGCAUGUCCAGAAGGUUCUCCACCCAGCUGUGUCUCGUCUUGUUUCCAACUGCUUCGGCGAAGAUCACUGUCCAGAUGACGCGAUUCUUACGAAUGUGAUAGACUGCUGGACGUCGAUUGCUCAGCUUCUUGUUCGCUAUAGGCUCAAGCAAUGGGACAAUUAUCUGGACUAUCACAGUGUAGAAUCAUGGGCAAGUUUGCGAGAGACGAUACAGACAAGAAAGUUCGCGCCCCAAUUCGUGGCCGCGUGCAUCGAGAAAGAUGCACGCAUCAUUCUGAAUUGCCGGAUUCUCGUUAUGAGCAUGUGGAUUUCAUCCCUAGCCGAGCGGUCUUCAAUGCUAAAGUUUCAGCACCAGCUCACAGAGGCACUUCUUAAUGGAAACCCUGAUGACCCACUACUGCACAAUCUUCCUUUUAUAAAGGAUAAGAAGAGUGGGCUAUACUCAAUCACACCGCUUGAAUUCAACCAACGACAGUCUUCUGUCAUAUCGAGCGUCUUGUCAAAUAUGCGUGAUCAUGUCUCCCGUCUAGAGCUCUCAGACAGCCGAGAGCUCAACGCUACGAAGCAAGAAUACUCAGAGUUGCUGCAGAAGCUGAUGUCCGCUAUGCGAAGAAAUUACCAGGAACUUGGUAAUGGGGAUGUUGAGUCUGCUCAGGGUGCCUAUGUCGAUUUUGUGCACCGUAUUAUCAGAUUUUUGCAAGAACUCACAACCGACAUUCGUCCAGUCGACUCGUUCUUCACAGACCACGCCUUAUUCCCCUUGCCAUCGUCGGACCCGCGAUACAUCGUUGCAAAACUGAAACGCUACGAAUCCAAGCUCUCCUCACAUAAAGAAUUACAGACUCUCACAGUGUUUAUACAAAACAUCACAGAGCGAGCCACUAUAGACGGCCAACAAGAUCAUCUUGCCGACCAACUGCACACGGCCAUGAAGGACAGCUAUGAGGCCGGUCAUCCCAACAAACUUACUCUUCGGGCCGGUCUUCUGCAAUGCGUCUUCCCAGCAUACCUUGAAUUAGUCUUCAGCAAUCCAGCCGCGUGGCUUCUAAGCCGCCCAGUCCUCAAAAGUAUCUCGCUUGUGUUCAAGGACUUGUUGUUCAACCUGGAUACCACAGACCCAGCAUGUGUAACCUCUUUGUUAAGAGUCUUCAAUGGUGUCUUUCAGUCAUCUCACCGUGCUCUCAGCGCCUUUUCUGCUCGCCCAAGCUGCCUCAAAAGCCCCAUUGUUUUGCUUAUGCUUGCUGCCUUUAUCGAGAUAAUAUCAUCUUCUCUUAUGGUGAUCGACUAUGUCGAUCGUGCCACUGACACUGCGGACGGCCUUAUCUUUUAUAUCGAAUGGUUCAGAGACUUUGCUGUUUCUGUGACAUCGUUCCUGACUGACUCCAACAUGCACCCGUCCUCGAUUGCAAGUAUCACUGCAGUCUUGCCGCCAGAUCUGCCCGCGACUGAUUUAUCAUUCGAGAUGCCUCAAUACCUCACCACUGCUCGUCGCCUUGCCUUCGAAGAACAUAAAUCCUGUCUUAAGCAUUGGUCUUGUCACGAAGGCAAAUAUUAUUACACUCGGCCCGGCCAUGGCUCUAAGGAAGUCUGUGUCGAGUCUGAACUUGCAGCAGUGAUCGAGAACAUGAACAGCGCCCAGAAGAUCUUCGAGGAGACCACUGCGGAUUUCGUCGACCGAAUCGAGCGAUUGAAUCUACUCCUGGUGUGA